CGUGAUUGAUAAGCGAACCGGCCAGACAAGCGAACCGGCCACUUUUCUAUCAUCAUCCAUCAUUGUCAUUUGAUCAAUUGUUCUACAACAACCAGCAAUGUCAGAUCAAAGGAAUGAAGCUAAUAUCCUUCUUGCUAUUCAAGCGCUUCAAACCAACCCAAAAUUAAGUGUGCGACGCGUAGCUAAGAUCUAUAAUGUUCCACGCUGCCAUCGCCGCACAUGCCUCUCCAGCCGACACCUGUUCCACAAACCAUGCUUACCUUCGCCCACCAAGCUUUGGAAGAUGACGCCGCAGCAGACAGCGUCACGGCCACACGUCGAGUUUGACCUUACCGUUAGCUUCGUGAUGUCCGCCAAAUGCAUGAGCGUCUAGUGCGGUUCAUAUGAAGCUACUCUACAUAAGCACUUACCGGUCACAAAGUAUUAAGUAGCGAGUAAUAUGUAGCUAGCGGGGUUCAAAGUCUCAAUAUUCAGGUACGUACAACUCUAAGGGCAAUGGCAAAGUAGCCGGCGGCCGUCGCCAUUACCCGCCCCGUUUGUCCUCUCCAUAGUCGGCACGGCGAAACAACGCUCACUUCACGAAGAAAAUGGGCAACGAGUCCUACGAAUGACAUGGUGCCUACCUCUCGGCCAGCCAAUCUUCUACGAAACGUCAAUAGGGGUGCUAGAUGAC